AUGAACAUUAAAGGGGGAAAAGAGACAAGUUUUCAAGUCGAUACGGGCGCCACUUGCAAUGUGAUUAAACGGAAGGAACUGUCUGGGACGAAAUAUAUGAAUAAAAUGAAGAAAACAAAGCAAGUCCUCAAGAUGUAUAACUCUUCCACUUUGAAACCAGUCGGUCAGUGUAUGGUGCAAUUACAAAAUCCUGAAACAUGCAAGAAGUACAAGGUUGAAUUUACGGUUAUAGACGGUGAGAACUGUACGAUUUUUCUAGGAAGUCGAGCAGCACAGCAGGUGGGUCUUGUUAAUGUGAAUUACCACAACAUGAAAAUUCUGUCAGAGUCAGACCAGAAAGGGGAUUCACAUACCACGAUGGCGACAUCAGAGUCAAGUCCGACGGAAAGGUCGACGCAUUCCACAUUCCAUAUUGACCUCUCCAGAAUCAAGUUAAACUGGAUUGACCAUGGAACAGAUCACUAUAGCGAAUACAAAGAUAUUUUCGAGGGACUGGGGCAGCUUGGACAGAAACUGCAUUUGGAACUAGAAGAAAACGUGAAACCUGUACAACAAGCAGUGAGAAAAAUACCUGAGUCCAUGAAAGAUCCACUGAAAAGCCACCUAGCCGAGCUCGAAGACAAAGGUAUAAUCAAGAGAGAGUGUAUCAACCUACAGAAUGGAUAAAUUCUAUUGUUGUUGCAAAGAAAUCCAAUGGAAGUAUUCGCCUAUGGCUAGAUCCUCGUCCACCUAACAAGGUACUCAAGAGAUGUCACCACCCCAUGCAGACCAUUGAAGAUAUAUUACCUGAGCUUGGUAAAGCAAAAGCUUUCUCCAAGUUGGGGCUGUCUCAAUGGUUAUUGGCAAGUCCCUUUGGAUCAAGAAUCUUCCCUCCUCACGACGUUUUGAACGCCUUUGGUCGGUAUAAAUGGAAACGUUUACCGUUUGGUAUUUCUCCAGCGGGUGAGAUAUUUCAGAGCCGUUUAGAUCAAGCGAUCGACGACCUUGAGGGAGUCAAGACAGUCGCUGAUGAUAUUCUGGUGAUAGGAAAUGGCGAAUCAUUGGCAGAAGCAAUCAUUGACCAUGACGCCAAAAUGAAGCAACUGUUGGAUCGAUGCAGAGAGCGGGGAGUGAACCUGAAUGGAACGAAAUUUUUGCUGAAGCAAACGUCAGUUCCUUACAUCCGACACGUUCUGACAUCUGCAGGGGUGAAAUCUGACCCAGCCAAGAUUGAGGCGAUCAUUAAGAUGGAGGGACCCACAAGCGUAGAAGGAGUACGAAGAAUUAUGGGAACCAUCAACUAUUUAGCCAAAUUUUUGCCACAGUUGUCUGACGUUUCGGAACCUUUGCGACAACUUACUAAGAAGGACGUUGUUUUUGUAUGGGAUCAAGUUCAUGACCAAGCAUUCACAAAGUUGAAAAAGCUCGUUAGCAUGCCGCCUUUACUCAAGUUCUACGAACCUGAGAAAGAAUUGGUCAUACAGUAUGAUGCAAGCGAAGGGGGACUUGGGGCUGCUUUAUUGCAAGAUGACAGACCAAUAGCUUAUGCAAGUCGAGCACUCAAUUCGACUGAGCGUAAUUACGCUCAAAUUUAGAAGGAACUCUUGGCGAUUGUGUUCGCGGCAGAACAAUUUUAUCAGUACACAUUUGGAAGACCAGUAUGCGUUGACUCUGACCACAAACCAUUGGAAACCGUAUUUGCGAAGCCUCUCGUUUCUGCGCCCAGACGGUUACAGAGAAUGUCGAUGCGGCUACAAAUGUAUGACCUGAGUGUGAGAUAUACAAAAGAGGGACUGAAUUAUAUCUUGCAGAUACGCUAAGUGACAGCGGUACAAGAGACCAGAGAAGCAGAUGUUCUGAAUUACUUGUCAGAUGCGGAGAUAGAGCAGGGAGAGCAUGAGGAAAUCAUGGAGAUCAACCAAUUGUUGGCGAGUGAAGAUGUUGCUAAAAUGUAUCGAGAUAAAACAGAUCAAGAUGAAGAUUUGCAGGUGUUAAAGAGAGUCAUACAGUCCGGAUGGCCUGUGGUUAAGAACAACCUGCCAGCCGCAGUGGGUCCUACUUUCAUAUCCGUGAUGAAUUGGUGGUCCAAGAUGGGCUGA